AUGAAAAGCCAGUAUGAAGAAGUGUUGGCAUAUCAAACAAAACUUGAGUGGUUGUUGAGAAAGUUAGACAAGAUUAUUGAAGAACAACAAGCAUUUGAACCAAGUGUACAAUUGUUGAUAGAAAAAACUAAAGUCAGAGCAGAUAAAGGUAGACAAAAACUCGAGGAUAAUCGUCAAUCAUUAGAAAAGAAAUUAGCUGAUAUUGAAAUAAAAACGACAGAAGGUGGGUUGUAUAAUUUGCGUAGCUACGUUCUGUCAAUUUUUCUGUGAUUUGACAUUCAAGAGUCGUUAUAUGAUAAAAUGUUAUGCUCGUCAGAAAGUCUUAGCAGGUCGAGCUUCUUGUAUUUUCACAAAAACCAGUUACGUUUAAUUAAGGUUAUUUACAGAAAGAAUUUAAAGUUGGCAGUGUCAGUAAUAUAUUCCGUUACAGGCGCGACAUACAGGCACAGAGUAGAGACAUACAGAGACGUAACUAGUGUACCCACUUUUUUUGUGCGCAUGCUCGGCAAGUUACUAGAUGCAUGCAUCUGAUUGGAUGACGACUUGAUGACGACUCACUUUAAACUUGCUGAGCACGCGCAGCCUGAAAACGGUCAGUUACCUCUCUGUAUGUCGUAUCUACUCUGUGAUACAGGCACAGAGUAGAUACAUACAGAGCUGAACGGAUCGUUGUAAACACUGCGGAAAGCUUACGUUUUAAUGUACCCACUUUUUUCAGGAGACCGGGCAAAAAAUGAUCAACUGCGCGUGCUCGGCAAGUUCCGCGAGCAGUUAAAGCGAAUCGCCAUCCAAUCAGAUGCAUGCAUCUAGUAACUUGCCGAGCAUGCGCACAAAAAAGUGGGUACGCUAGUUAUAACUCUGUAUAUGUAUCUACUCUGUGAUACAGGACUAAUUUAAAUGACGUAGACAAACAAUUCGGUUCAUUUUAUUUUAAAUUUUGCUUAGUACAUACAAAUCAUAAUACAAAUACGUUUUUACAAUACACUGAUACAAACAAUACAGGCACAAACACAGAUACAAGAGGCUGGGCAACGACAAGUCCACAACAGCAAAGUUUCCUGAUUUAAAUGACGUAGACAAACAGUUCAGCGCAAGCACAACUGCGUGUGCGUAAUUUCCCAAAUUCCGCCGCGCGCGGUUGCUAAUGGAAUACAGAUUAAUUAAAUUACAAAGAUAUGCACUCAACAAAGUUUAUACCUCGUUGUAGAUUCUUUAAUCCUUGCGCGUUUUUGAAUAUUCAUUUUAUUUUAUUACUCAAUAUUCUGUUUUCUGACUAUAUAUGGGAGAAAUGUGCGAUAUAACCAUAGCCUACAAUCUCGUGCAAAAAUAAUGAGACUUUUGAUAUUUCGUUUUAUUUCUGUGAUUACCCCCCAAUUCAAUGUUGAAAAACAAAAUGGACCUUUCCCCUUAUAACUAAAAUUUCGAUCUGGACAAAAAUUUCAUCACAGCUUGAAAGAGCAUCACAAAAUUAGUAAUAUUCCAAAGUUUUGUUGCAAAAUCUUGUAAAAUGCGGAUAAUAUAGCCUUGCGAAGUUUGCCGUUUUUCAGUCAUUUUGUAUUACAAACGGGAAAUUGACAUCCGAUUCGGGUGUUGGGGCUGCAAUUUCCCGUUUGUAAUGCAAAAUGACUGAAAAUUGCAAAUUUCGCAAGGCUCUAUUUUCCUCAUUUUCCAACAUUUCGCAACGAAACUUUGGAAUAUUACUAAUUUUGUGAUGCUCUUUCAAGCUGUGAUGAAAUAUUUGUCUAGACUUGCCUAGAUCAAAAUUUUGGUUAUAAGGGGAAAGGUCUAUUUGACCUGACAAUAUAGUAAAUAUACCUUUGUAUCGUAAUUUUUGCACGUGAUUGUACGUAGGUGAUCCACUAAUUCCUUCUUUCACUUGGCGGCACAAAAUUUUAAAAUUAAAGCUAGGUACAAUAUCGUUACUCCUAUAAUGUUCACAAAAAAAUUUGAGCCGCUUCACAACGAGAUUUAGCCAAAAUGUUAGCUUCUUUUUGAGGUCAUAUUAGAAGUCAGGUCUUAACCUUAACGAUAAUUUUUUUAAUUAUGUGCCACAUAGUUUAAACGGCAUUCGAAAAAAAAAUUCAAAGCUGCGUAACUCCAGGAGAAAUAGGUGAAUCGACUGAAAUAUUUUUGCGAACACCGAGGCGAAUACUAGUAAUGUCAUUAGUAAUGAUAUGCCAAAAAUAUUACACAUCCAGCAUUGUACCUUUAAUUUUAAAAUUUUGUGCCGCCAAGUGAAACCCACCAAUAAGGAACACAAUAGAAAUGUUCCAAAGCAGCAGUCAGAAGUUGUACAAACACAAUAUUAUAUUUGUCAUACUAGUAAGUUAGUAACGAAUGUACUCAUUUGUUCCUUCAAAUGAAGGUGACAUCUUUGUUGAAGGAACAAAUGAGUACAUUCGUUACUAUAAACUUACUGGUAUUCCGUUCUCUUUCAGCUGA